AUAAUUAUUAUUCCCAAUGAAACAAAAGUUCAAUAUUUCCAUUUAUUACCAUGAAAACUCUCUGUUUUGCACUUGUUCAUCUUAUUAUAUUCAUCUUACUAUUCCCCGGCGUCACUAUUUCCCGGCCGUCGCCGAAUAGUUCGCCGGGGUUGGUCGUCUCAGACGGGGUGGCGGACGAAUUUCCCGAGAAAAACGGUCUCUCUUCUUCGAAAGGAAUAAUAAUGGAAUAUUCCGGCGAGGAGGAGGAGGAGAAGUCGUCAUGUGAGCAAAUGUACGGGUUUCUGCCGUGUUCGCAGACAAACCCCGGGCAUUUCUUCCUGAUUCUGGUCUACCAGUACUUACUCUUCCACGCGGAAUCCUACGUGGCAUCAGGUGGGAAAAGAAUCUUCAAGAUUCUCGGACCCGGUCUUUUCGGCGCCAGUGUUUUUCAGAUCAUCGGCUCCCUCCCGGAGGCCCUCAUUCUUCUCGCAUCAGGGUUGACCAAUAGAAGCAACGAAACCGCCGAGGAAUUGGUCUUGACCGGAGUCGGUUUGCUGGCCGGUUCAUCAAUCCUGCUCCUCACUCUCAUUUGGGGAACAUGUGUUUUACUUGGCAGUCAAGAUUUCUCCACUCAUUUGCAGAACAAUCUCUCAGAAAUUAAUAAUAUAUCAUACAACCCUAUUGAAAGAUUCUUCUUUUCAUUAUGGCCAGGAAACGGUGUAUCUACACUUACCGGCGCAAGAAACACCUCCAUAAUCAUGCUUCUAUCUAUAAUACCAUUAAUCAUGGUCCAAUUUCCGACAUUUUUGCGUUUAUCGUACGUCGGGGAACGAGUUUUCGUGUUGUUCACUCUUGUUGUUUCGAUUGUCUUCCUUCUUUGCUACUUCUUCUAUCAGUUUUUCAAGCCUUCGAUUCAACGGAGGCGCUUACUGUACAUAAAACACGAGCAUUUAGCAGUCGACAUUCUAAACCAUGUCCAGAAUCAGACAGCAGGGGACCUCUUGGAUGAAAAUGGAAUGCCAGAUAUAUCGACAAUUAAAAGGUUCCGAUUUUUUAUUGAUUUAUUUUAUUUAUUAUGUAAAUGCAGGCUAUUCGGAGAAACUGAUAGCGAUGGCGAUAAGGUGAUAUCUUUUGCGGAGUUCAAAGCGUUUUUGCAAGAAAUCAAAACUCGAAAGUUCCAAUCGGAUGAGGAAAACACUGCUGCGGAGAUUAUGAAAGCGUUCGACACGAACAACGAUCAGCAAAUAACGGAGGAAGAAUUUGUACAAGGAAUGACCAAAUUGCUCGACGACACAAAGGAUGCGAUGAAUAAACGAUUACACUCUGUUAAAUCACUGAAAGACUUGUACAAGGUUCUUAAACCGUGGAUUGAAAAGAAACGGGAAGAACGCGAAAUCAUGAAACAUUUGAUUCCGGAUAUUAUGGAUUAUCUUCAGAACUCUGUUUAUGGGAGCCUUUUGGCAGACGAUAGAACUCCGAAUAUUCAUGCUAUUAAAGAGUUAUUCAAAAGAAUCGAUGCUGACAAAGACGGAUGCUUAUCGUAUUCCGAAUUAAAGGAAAUGAUGACGGACAUAAAAUUCGGCACGAUUCCGUACGAUGCGGAAUUAGCAGCAUCGAAGCUAAUGAAAGUGCUCGAUGUUAACGAAGACAACGUGAUUAAUGAAGAGGAAUUUGUCGAUGGAUUGUUCAAAUUGUUAAACACCACUCUUGAUAUUCGCGGUCGAAACUCAAAGGAGAGUGAAGAUGAUACUUAUCAAAAAACGUGGGAACAAACGGACAAGCUAUUGGAGGAAAAAUUCAUCGAUAAAUCAAAAUUAGCGUGGGCGAAAGCUAUAGGCCUUUUAUUGCUCGGGCUAGUUAUGCUUGGCCUUUUAGCAGAGCCUCUUAUACAAAGUGUUAGAAACUUCUCUAAAUCAGCAAAAGUGCCGUCGUUUUACGUCGCGUUUGUAUUAGUCCCGUUGACUACGAAUGCUCGUAUAGCUGUAUCCGCUGUGCGUGAGGCCCGUAGGAAGAAGCUGCACCUCACUUCUUUGACAUUCUCCGAGAUAUACAGUACGGUGUUAAUGAACAACGUUCUGGGAUUAAUUGUUCUUCUUUCGCUCGUUUACUUCCGCGGUUUGGCGUGGAAUUAUUCUGCGGAAAUUCUGGCUGUUACGAUUGUGUCUGGCAUAGUUGGAAUCUUUUCGAGUUUGAGUAGAAUUUAUCCCGUCUGGACUUCGAUUUCGGCGUAUUUGAUGUAUCCGUUGUCACUAGUCUUGGUCUACAUCUUCGGACAUUUUUAUUCGUCUUCGUCGUAAAAAUAUUUGUAAAUUGAAGCAUAAUUGUUUUUAUACAGCAUUCUUUUAUUCAUUAA